CAGAUCAUCCCCGUUCGCUGCUUCUCGUGUGGUAAAGUCAUUGGGAACCUCUGGGAGGCAUGGCUUGAAUUACUGGCGUCAGGGGUGGAUGAGGGUGCGCCUAAGCUGACCGCUGCCAGAAAACGAUACUGCUGUCGGAGAAUGAUUUUGACACACGUCGACCUGAUAGAAAAGCUUCUGAUGUACAAC